AUGAUUUCAGCCUUAGUAGUUCCUGAGUUGCCGCACUCUUUAAUCCUAAGCAUUGAUUUUUGGAGGAAGUUUGGUGUCGUACCGGAUCUUCGUUGUGGGAAAUGGGUAUUUCAACGAGAUGCUGAUGUCCCUGUGGAUCCGAUUGCUUCAGAGGAUCACCUUACCCCUGAGCAAUCUAGGAUUUUGAAUGAGGUUGUGCAGGAAGCUUUUCAGAACAUGAGUGACGAGUUAGGGUGUACUAAACUGGUGGAACAUGAGAUUAAAACCUCGUGUCGUCCCAUUAAGCAGAGAAAGUUGGAGCUGAUAACCCGCACCAAGGGCCCUGUGAAGAGCUGGGAUUUGUACCAGAGACCAUUUGUUCUUCAACCUGAAGCUCCAUUUGAUUUUUGUAAAGUUUACGCUUUCACGGAUUCCCAAAUCACAUUAGAUUGGAUCAAGGGAUCACCACAUCGGUGGCCUACAUUUGUAGCCAACAGAGUAGCUCACAUCCAGGAGAAGGUACCUAGUGCUUCGUGGUAUCACAUUGACUCCAAAAAUAACCCCGCUGAUGCCGGGUCCAGAGGGUUAUUGCCUUCAGAAUUCGCCUAUCAGUCCAUUUGGUUUGAUGGACCUCAAUUAUUGCACACGCCUUCAAGCUCAUUUCCUGUUAAUAUCGAUAUUGAUGUGACCACUCAACAGAACAUUAAUAAUUUUUGCUCGAAACUUUCAGAUAAAUCUGCCCAGAAUAUUAUAAUUUCUUUACUCGAUAGUAUUUCUUCGUUGACCAGAAUUCAAAGAAUUCUCGCAUAUGUUCUUCGCUUCACGCAUAACGCUAAAAAAGAGAGUGAUAAACUGUCUGGAAAUCUCACACUCCUUGAGCUAAAUGAAUCAUUGUUUCAAUUAGUCAGAGUCACGCAACAACAUGCCUUUUCAACCAAAGUUAAAGGGAACACUUUUCCCAAACAUUGGCAGAAAUUGAAAAUUUUUCUUGAUGAACGAGGUAUAUUAAGAGUAGGAGGCAGGAUUGAUUCAUCCUCGUUAUCUUUCGAGUCAAAACACCCAAUGCUUCUACCUAAAAAGAGUCGUUUGACAGCACUUGUCGUUGAUAUGUACCAUAAAAAAUAUUUACAUGCAGGACUUCGCACUCUUAGAUUUCUGAUUGCUCAAAGAUUUUGGAUCAUCAGUGGUAGAAAGGCCAUUUCUUCGGUUAUGAAUAGGUGUUUAAAAUGUUUCAAAAUUCGGCCCAAGCCAUAUCAACCCCCUAUGGGUGCACUUCCAAAACCACGGAUUUCUGAAGUUAAACCUUUCAGUAAUUGUGGAGUAGAUUUCGCAGGUCCUUACUCUAUAACUAUAGGUCGACAUCGUGGUGUCAAAACGGUGAAGGCUUGUGUAUGUUUAUUUGUUUGUUUCGCUACAAAGGCCCUCCAUUUAGAAUUGGCAACCGAUUUGUCCACUGAGACAUUUCUAUCCGCUCUCCAAAGACUUAUUGCGCGACGAGGAAAAAUAAGUCAUUUAUAUUCUGACUGUGGUACUAAUUUUGUCGGUGCCAAUCGAGAAAUAAUCAAUUUGAUGAAAGAUUCUGCUGAAAGGGAGCACAUACAGUGGCAUUUCAACCCCCCUUCAGCUCCGCAUAUGGGUGGUUUAUGGGAAGCAGGUGUCAAAUCUGUGAAAACCCAUUUGAGCAGAGUUAUAGGAGCUCAAAUUCUCACAUAUGAGGAGUUUUAUACGGUUCUUUGUCUCAUCGAGGCUAUAUUGAACUCUCGCCUGCUAGAAGCAUUGUCUUCAGACCCAGAAGAUGUGUCCGCCCUUUCACCUGGUCAUUUCCUUACCCUUGAACCACUUAAUGCCCUUCCUUAUCCCGAUAUUACCCAACUUCCCUUGAACCGCCUUAGUCGUUGGCAAUGUCUCCAGCGAAUUCAACAAGAUUUUUGGAAACGUUGGCAACGUGAAUACCUGCACACUUUGCAGCAAUGUUCCAAAUGGUACACGCCGGGCAAUAAUCCUCCUAAACUUGGAGAUUUAGUGCUCAUCAAAGAUGAGAGGCUUCCUCCUUGCCAAUGGGCACUUGGACGAAUUUCAUCUCUGUCCAAUGCAAUCGAUGGACGUUCCCGCAUCGCCACUGUUAAAACCCGAUCUGGUUUCUUGAAGAGACCGGUUGUUUAG